UAAAGUCAAGCGCAUGCGCAUGGUUCAACUUCCUUUUUACAGUGUCAGCGUGUUGUUUUUGGUGUAUUUCACAACUGUGUUGUGAAUAACUUGCACCACACAUUCAACACUUGUUGAAUUCAUAAGCAACUAACACACAGUCAAUAUGCCACAGAACGAGCAUAUAGAACUUCACCAAAAGAGACAUGGACGUAGACUCAACUAUGAAGAAAGAAAGAGGAAAAAGGAGGGUCGUCUACCCCAUGAGUUGGCAGAGAAAGCGAAGAAGCUGAGGGGUAUAAAAGCCAAAUUAUACAACAAGAAGAGGCACUCAGAAAAAAUACAGAUGAAGAAGACCAUCAAGAUGCACGAGGAAAGAAAGACGAAGCAGAAGAAGAGUGAUGAGGUUCCUCAGGGAGCAGUGCCGGCCUAUUUGCUGGACAGAGAAGGCCAGUCCAGGGCCAAGGUCCUGUCUAACAUGAUUAAACAGAAGAGGAAGGAAAAAGCUGGCAAGUGGGAUGUUCCUCUUCCUAAAGUUAAAGGAAUGAGUGAAUCAGAAGUUUUCAAAGUAAUCAAGACUGGAAAAACUAAACGGAAAGCAUGGAAGAGAAUGGUCACCAAGGUUACAUUUGUGGGAGAAGGCUUCACAAGAAAACCUCCCAAGUUUGAAAGAUUCAUUCGACCUAUGGGUCUCCGAUUCCGAAAGGCACAUGUCACACAUCCUGAGCUGAAAGCCACAUUCUGUCUUCCCAUAAUUGGUGUUAAGAAGAACCCAAGUUCUACAAUGUACACAUCACUAGGCGUUAUUACAAAGGGAACAAUUGUAGAGGUUAACAUCAGUGAGCUUGGUCUAGUGACGCAGGGAGGAAAGGUGGUAUGGGGGAAAUAUGCACAAGUUACCAACAACCCUGAGAAUGAUGGCUGCAUCAAUGCGGUGUUGUUAGUGUGAGAGGGGAUCUAUUUGUGUUUCGAAGACUCAACAUCCAGGACUACAUUUUGAAACAACACUCUGAGAUCAGUGUCUGUGUUCUGCCAUGGUGACAAUAAGGAAUUCAGGGAUACAUUUACAGAGCUAACUUUGUAAAAAGAUAUUGCCAGCAAAUUUAGAUCUGAAAGACCAUUGUUGGAGAAGGACUUGCUUCAAAUAAGCUGGCAGCUGACAUCUGUAUUAUCACAGCUAGUGUUUCAUGACUUGAAAUAAAAUAAGUCUGUGAUCUAUA